CACACACACACACACACACACAUACACACGUAGAGUCAGAGUGGGUUAUGUAAUCAGUGAAGAUUUCCGCCCACAGGCUGCUCUCUGUUUUUACUGUAGUCACAGUCACAGGGACAGUAACAGGAGCUGUUAUACUUUAUUAGACAAGUGUGUGUGUGUUCAGGACGUCCCAUAGGCUGUGUGUGUGUGCGUGUGUGUGUGUGUGUGUGUGUGUGUGUGUGUGUGCGUGUGUGUGUGUGUGUUGUGCAGUAAAAACAGAACAGCUGCAGUUUUCAUUAGGAUUUCUUUACACACAUGCACACAGUCAUAUACAUUUUAUUCAUAUAUAUAUAUCUAUAUAUAUAUCUUCAUGUAUCAUGUAUAUUAACCAUGAGAACACAUGAGUGUGGUUCCAGCUCAGGGAGUCAGUAAACAACAGACCUCAGUGGGGUGUGUUCCUGCACUGCCCAGCUCCACCAAUCAGCAGCCACCUCCCCCCUCCCACGUGGUCCUCUUGUUUACUACAGGAGCUGCAGCCACCGUGGAGGCUGCUGGGAAAACCCGGAGCGGGACCAGCUGAUCACACACACACACACACACACACACAGAAGGAAACGCAUCACAGGUGCUAUUUCAGUGACACAGUGUCACAGUGACCUCUGACCUUUGACCCGUGGUGGUGGUUGUUGAGCUUCACCCUCAUCUCAGGUCAAAAAACACAAUCAGAGAUUUUCUCUCCGGUUGUUUCAUUAAAAUAUUUCCUUCAAAAUGGUCAAAUUCAAUUUCGAAUCUAAUCCUGUGAUUAUGAAUAAUUGGUCAUGUGUACUUUCAGAAUAAAAGAGCAGAUUAACAGCUGGUGUAAACGAGACGGUGCCACGAUGAAGAUUCUGUUGAUCGCUGAUUAAUAACUUUGAAUUCAGAUUUCACACUUAUUUCAUACUUUCAUUAAUUACUGAUCCGUUAAUCAUUCGGUCUGAGAGAGAGAUGAUCGGCCUGAAGUCGUCGUCGUCGUCGUCGUCGUCGUCACACUGUUGUUGUUGUUGUUGUUGUUGUUGUUGUUGUUGUUGUUGUUCAAUCAGCUGCUCAAACGUUUUCAGUUUCACGUCACGUGAGAAAGAAAAACUGUGAAUCUCCGAACGUGAUGAAGAUGCAACAGAACGUUUGCGUGUAGAAGCUCAAUGUCGUCCAUCUUGCUUUUUACACGGACAGUAUUUUCCCACAAUGCAACACCAGCAGCUCCUCAACAUGUUGACGUGACGAACUUUCCUCCACAGUCGUGACGUAGCAACAGAAUCCCGUCCACACUUCCAGGUUCUGAUCCGCUCCAAGUUUUACGUGACGCAGCCUGCAGCAGCAGAACACACACACACUCUCACACACACACACACACACUCUCACACACACACAUCCUCACACACUCCCAUUGAGGAGCAGUGGACACAUUCUCUGACCUACUGGAAGUGUUGUUGUGUUGCUGCAGACUGAGACUGAGCAGUGACGAGCUUCUCCAUAAACUUGUCCAGCUGCUGUCGAACCGGUCAGGACAUGUUGCCAAAGACCCGCCUCGGGAAGCGCUCUCCACUCGGUGCGUUGGUGGUGAGCUCCGUCUGCCCGGCGACAGGGACACACACGAACCCGGAGACGGGCGAGACCGGCGUCACCGUGGCGACGGCGGCGGGACCACAGGCCGUCGCCAGGGUCAGAGGUCACCUCGGCCUGAAGGUGUAUUUUCAGUGUGGAGGUGGUGGAGCAGGUGAAUCUCCAGGUGCGGUGGAUCAGCUGGACCUGAUACAGAGCGACGGUCCUGUCUGGUCUUCGUCUCACCCCCCCUCCUCCUCGGUGACUCCGUCCAGCAGCAGAUGUGUCUCCUCCUGCAUCGACGUCCCCCGGAGGAGUCCGGAGGACGUGGACGUGGACGAGCUGAUGGCGGCGAUGGUUCUCAGCAGUUUGUCCUGCAGCCCGCUGCUGCACAGCCCGGCCAACGGCGAGACGCCAGCUCCUCCGAUGGACUGCGGCGGCGGCGGCGGCGGCGAGCUCUCCGACAGCAGCAGCAGCGGCUACUGGAGCGUCGGCCACGCCAACAGAAGCCCUGCCCCCUCUCCGCCAAUCGCGGAGCCCGACGUCAGCCCGGCCACGCCCCCCGACGAGGGGCUGGACAUGGAGCUGGAGCAGGUCUUGUUCGACGAGCCGGCGCCGCGGAAACGCAGGAACUCGGUGAAGGCGGCGUACCGGUGCCUGUGGCCCGCCUGCGAGAAGGUGCUGACCACCGUGGUGGGAAUCAAACGUCACAUCAGAACGACACACCUGUGCCGUGGCGGCGAACACGAGCGCUGCUCUCGCAGUGAGGAAGAUUUCUACUACACUGAGGUGGUCGCCCAGCGCCUCCAGUCUCCGCCGCCCCCUCUCCCCUGUGGCCCCGCCCCUUCCCCACCCCACAACCCCGCCUCCUCCCCCUCCUCCUCGCCCCCCAGCCCUCCCCCUCCCUCGCCUCCAUCUCCCCCCUCCCCCCCGACCUGCGAUGCUCUGAGUCGCUCUGCCCCCUCCCCCUCCUCCGGCAGCCUCUGGCAGGUCCAAUCAGAGCACUCCUAUCAGGCUCCGCCUCUUGGUUACGUGGUCUCCGCGGCAGUGACAAGCCCGGCUUCCUGUCGCUGGACGGCCCCGCCCUCCACCUGCCACAGCAGACAGGGUCUGUCGUUUCGGGCGCGUUCGGUCAGCGUGGGAGAGCAGUGGCUGCAGCAGCAGAGCGCCCCCUGCAGGAGGAUUCGUGGUGAAGCCAAGAAGUGUCGUAAAGUUUACGGCAUCGAGCACAGAGAUCAGUGGUGCACGGCCUGUCGCUGGAAGAAAGCCUGCCAACGCUUCCUGGACUGAGGAAGAGGAGUAGGAGGAUGAAGAGGAUGAUGAUGAAGAGGAGGAGGAUGAGGAGGAUAAAGAGGAAGAGGAGGAAGAAGUACGGAGCGUCAGCUUCAGCUGAUCGAUGCUUUAUACUUUCUUACAUCUGAAACCAGAUUCUGUUUUUUACUCUUUCUACUUUUGCUAAAAGUGUCUUUUUGAAUUUUAUUUUUGAACGUGUAGUUUCGUAGCUGUUGUUGUCAAACAGAACUUUUGUCUUGUCGGUGCUUUUUUUGUCGUCGUUGAUGAUUUGGGGCAGCUAUGAUCCUGUGACCUUUGACCUUGAGGCAGCUGACUGAGUUUUUUGAGUCACGUCAACAUUUCGUAGAAAAAAAAAUCAGUUAAUCUCAGUGUCACUGAGAUAAACUGACGUAACUCGCAGGAUCGAAACAAAGCGGUGAACAUGUCUCCGAACAAACCGUCCCGACAGAACCGACCUCCGAGGGGACGACGCUACGGAUUCAUCUCGUUGUCCCGUUGGCGCCUGAGCUCGUUCGCUCCAAGAGGUUGAUUAAAGGGGCAGUAGUUAGCGAUUCUAAAGCAAUACAUGUUGUUGUUUUUUUAAAUCUGCAAAUAUUUCCUCACGGUCCGCUCCACAGGAUUUCAGAUUGAAAUCGCGUUAGCGCGUCCACAUGGCGUUGGACGAACCUGCCCGGGCCCAUCGGACCCCUGAGCAGCGCACGGCAGCUCCUGAAUAUCAAACAUCCAGAAACCGACCGGUGACACUGACACCAAGUGUUUUCUGUGUCAAUAACUUUUGAAGCAAUUUUGUAAAAUAUUUCCCACUGGUGCUGAACAGGCGCCUGUUUAUUAAUCCUCCGUUACUCGAGGACGACGCUCCGAAGAUCUGGAAUGUUUCAGUGGAUUUUACAAAACACAGUUUGCUGUUUGUCUGGAAAACGUUCCGCCCGAGGACGUCACAGUGACGUUCGUCACGAUCUGUAAAGUAAAGAUGGAAGACACGUCUCAACUUCCCGAUCCUAAAAUGUCUCAUGCUGCGUUCCGUUAUAAUCUCGGAACUCGGAAUAACCGACCUCCGGGUCGGAGGUAAUUCACCAACCCGUCUUCCGAGCUCGGAGUUCCGAGGUGAAACGGAACGCAGCAUGAGAUUCAGGCGCCAUCUUGUGCUGGUGAUGUCGUGUGGAGUCAGAGUCUGUGACGUAGUGAUUGUGGAGUGGAGCCUUGGUAUUGAGGGCCCCGCCCACAUACACGCUCUCGACCAAUCGCGAGGCAGUGUCAGCUGUCAAUCAUCUCAGCCCCGUUCUUAUAUCAUCAAAUAACUGAUGAGAAGCAAAGUGAUCAGAAACAUGAACACGUGAAAAAACAUCAGUGUGAUGAGAACGACCUCACAUGGGAUGGAGGGGGCGGGGCUUAGGACCUGUACUGCAGCCAGACACCAGGAGGCGAUCGGGAUGAAUUGGCUUCACGUCGUCCAUCUUUAUUUACAGUCUCCGUUCCACUUAACUAAGUGACGUUGGAUCGGUCGUCACUUAACUCUGCAAUAAUUCAUUUUUAUGUUGAAGCCGUGAAUCAUUUCAUCACAUCAGGUGCAGCCAUCUUCAAAUCUGUGCUAACUACCAGCUGAUUAUUACUGUAAAUAUCAUCAUCAUCAUCAUCUCUUCAGUUCAGAUCAAUGUUCUUUGUUUGGGAACAGAAGCCAUUUACUUCUUCUCUGAUGAAACCGCAUGCAGUAUUGAUCAACAACACACUGAUACAUAUAUAUUUCAUAAUAUCUACUUUAUCCUGGUGUAUAAACACACACACGCACAUAUAUAUACACAUACUGGGUCCGUAUAUCAAAUGUCUUUUUCCCGAAGCCUUUAAAAGUCCCUGUUGAUUUAGAAACAGGUUAAUUUGCAGUAAACAAAGUUCUGUUUCAAUUCUUUACGUCCUGUCGGUUCGUGUAAACGUGGAUCAUCGUGAUCGUGUCGUUUUUUGAAGAUUGCACUCUUUUUUUAUAUACGAUGUAAAAUUCCUGACGUUGUUAUAAUAAACUGGACAAAAUGAAAAAG